AAUAAAGUGCCGUUUUAAUGGUGAUCUUUUUGAAAAAAUAAUGAAAUCGACUAAUCAUCAACGUGAUACAAUUUUUUAAGAAAUAUGGGAUUUCGAGGGUGGUCCUUAGGUACCCCAUUGAAUCGCUUCCAAAGUGGACAAAAUCGAUAAAUAAAAUUGUUUGACAACCACUCGGUUUGGAUCCUUUUCGCAGUAUCAGUCGUUUUGGUCUUCAGUCGGUUUCGAGUUAGCAUCCAGUAAUCAUCUGCCCACGUUCAAUUUAGUACGAACAUAAUAAUGGAUUCAAUCGUCAAGAUUCUGCUUACCACUGUCUAUGUUGUUCUCAUGGCGCUCAGAUCAUACGGUCAAUAUGGAAACAGAUACAUGCAAAGGGGUGUUGCUCACGAAUUUGACGGAUUCGAUCAAGGAAAAUAUUUGGGUCAUGUCCUCCCGUAUUCCCAAAUAAAUGGUCAGGGUUACAAUUUAGGAUGGAGCGGAUACCAAGGAGGAAACAGUUUCAAUCCAUAUCAAAAACUAGGAUAUGAACAUCAAAACCAAGGAUACAAUGGAGGCAUAAGACUUGCAGAUGGUCAACUAUUCGGUGUGCAGCAACCAGUAAAUUUCAUUGGUAGUCAUCAACGAUAUAGGUUAUAAAUUAAAAUUAUUUAAUUUUUGUAAAAAUACAAUUUUAAUCAG